AUCUGUCUUUGCAUUUCUAUGUGUGUUUGGGGAAUAUGUAGUCUGGAUAAAAGUUUUAGGUAUUCAUGAUCAAUACAAAGUUCACUCUAAAUGGCAAUCAGAACUCUUUAUGUUACAUGGAAUACGAAGUGUGGUUCAAUUAUAAACAAUUAACAGUCAACCAGUUUUUACACAAUAUCUAGACGCCUCAUAAACAUAGCCGUUACCAAUUAAUCCAGAUUUCGAAAGACCGAAAACGAUGGUUACGAAUAAAAAAUAAUUAUAGAUAUGAAUUUGACAUCUCUUUUAAGAAGGCAUACUUUAAGAAAGACGAUUUCUAAGCAUAUUUAUGAGAAUGUGUACUUAGCAAAUUAAUGUAAAUAAUUAAGAAUAAGUGUAUUGUUAACAUGAUUUACAAGCAAAUAGAUGCGUUGAUCUGCAUAUUGAAAUGCAAUAAUAACUCCGUGUUAAAGGAUUCUGUUGGCAUAUGAUAAACAAACAUUCUCGGCAUAAGGUCUGUAGAGACAUGCCAACUAACGAGAUUUCAAUCUAUUUGUGCAUAAUGAAAAUCAGGAAUAACAUAGACUCCGUGGUUUGGAAUACAUUCAAUUGAUGUCGUUUGUGGCUGCGGAAUGCGUUAGAACAAUGGAGAGUUGCGAAGAAACUGAUGAUGUCGUCCACUGGAGCAAUGUUAAUGGGACAUUAAUGAGGACAGAAAUUAAUGAAAAAUCUCAUUUGAACGUCGACGGGCAUUGUGAUAAUGAGUGUUCAAUCGAGGGUGUUUGUAAUAAAGACCACAGUCGUUCUGCGGCUGAUCAAAGGGCAAUUGCUUUGAAUGAUACUGCUGGAGUACAAGAGGCAGACUGCGUUUUAAGAGUAUAUCCACAAAAUAAGUGCAUAUUAAGCGAAGAUGACCUAUUGCGUUAUUCUUGUCUGAGUCAGCAUGAUAGGUCAAAUAGUAACGUUUAUCCAAUCAAUUGUGAUAAUUGUGCAGAAAACUCAUGUUCGACCAAAUCUGGCUCUGAUAGCCUUAUGCACAAUGCAUUGAGCCAAAAUGCGUUAAAUAUCCUAGUUGGCGUAAAGAAUAGUGGUUUAAUUACUGUCGAAGGCUGCGGUGCCAACACAGUUUGUGAAACAAUAAAUGACGGAUUAAUCAACGUAGAGGAAAUAAGUAUAAAUCAACACGACACGGACAUGGAUCCUAUUUGUGAGGUUUCAGAAGUAGAUCCCAACUUAAAACCGCAUAACUCGGAUGCAACUCCCCCCAAAAGUGGGAUCAUUUUACGAGCAAGUAAGAGCGAUAAAGGGCGGCAAAAAAGGUUUGUUAGUUUCAGUGACAGUUGUGCGGAGAGUGAGAGUAUAACAUCAGACUUCAGUAGAUCUGCUGAUGAGUCGUCAGUCAAAGAUGAAAGUAUACAAACGUGUUUGCUUGUGAGAGAACCCGAUGGAUCAUCAUGCAACCUACUGUCAGAAACUGAACCUCCCAAUGAAUCUGAAGAUAAUGUAAGAAAUGCGUCUGAUGCACAGACUAGAGAUAGUGACGUUAGAUCCCAUGGGUCGGGAAAGCGACGAAGCCAAGAAACAAAUGGUGAAAGAAAGGAAUCGUUCGAACAAAGGUUUAGACGAACGUUUUCAAUCAAAAACAGGCAUACAAGUGAAGUUACAAGACGUUUUCUAGCAGUAUUAAACAAAUAUUCGUUGUUUGUCUUUAAUUUUAUAUCAUGGGUGAUUUCCGUCGUUGCUAUCGGCCUUGGUGUCUGGAUGGAAAUGGAGAGCACGUUUUUCGUGCCAACCGACACGGAUUUUUACUUGGACCUCCGGAAGCUGAUGUUCAUCGGCGGAGGGAUAACGUUCGUCGUCGCUUUCCUGGGAUGUAUAGGCGCACUCAGAGAGAAUCUCAUACUUCUGCAAGUGUUUUUCUACGUGCUCACAUUGAUACUUCUGGGCGAGGUGUGCCUUUCCACAGCCGUGUUCAUCAUCUACACAGUGCCCGAGGCGAAGGACAACUUCCUAAGGUCGCAGCCUGAGAAGCUCCUGACGACGGCCAUCCAGCGGUACAUGGAUGACGAACCAACCAUGAUGUGGGUGGACAAGAUACAAUCUGAUUUCAAGUGUUGCGGUGUCGGCGGCCACACGGAAGAAGAAGGGUUCCGCGACUGGCAAAAUAAUCAGUAUUAUAACUGCUCCAAGACGAAUAGGAGCGUUUACAGAUGCGCAGUACCUAAGUCAUGCUGUAUAUUUAAGAAGGGAGAUCGAGUCAACACCAUGUGUGGGUUCGAUAUGACAGACAAGCCGAUGGUAGAAGUGCGAGAUUUCAUCUAUACUCGUGGCUGUAUCGUCGGGUUCGGAGAGUGGUUGGGGAAGUACCACAAUCUCAUAAUCAUAUCAUCCAUAUCCAUCAUGAUCAUGCAGUUUCUUGCAGUUGUAUCUGCCAAAAUGAUGACAGGACGCAUUCGCAAGCAGAGGUCGCGAUGGCAACUGUUGCAAAGAAGUCUAAGUUCCGGUAGUGACGUGUUUGCUUCCCAGACUUUGUAGCCAUCACGCGGUGACCAUUGAAAGGCGCGGUCCAUACCAUAGUCAAUGAAACAAUGUAUUGUUCAUAUAAAAGUAUAAAUACAAUUAACGUUAAAUACAUUUUAGUCAAUUGAUCGUUUACCGUAACUGCUCUAAGUUUUCGGACACUAAGAUUUCGGACAACCCCUUUUUGACCAAAAUAAUGUUUCGGAUAUGCGCGUUUUUGUCUAUCAUUAAUGACUAUUAUGAUUAAGGUCAUAAAACCUGUAAGACGCUGAGGACAAUGGACCAUCACAUUUGCGUAUUUGGGUAAAAACACAUGUAUAACUGUAGAAAACAACGGCUUUACUCUACAGCUUUUUCAAGGAUAUAUUCUUAUCAAGGAAGCAGUAUGUUUGAUGUUUUUACUUGUUUGUUCUGUAUCAAUUCAGGCAAGAGUUAGCGAAGCUGUAAAGUUGUAUUUUUUUUAGUAGAAUUCUUUUUGCAUUUUUUUAUUGAUGUUAUUACUAUUUAUUUUUAAUCUUCGGACAUUUAGUUUUUUUCACUAAAUUUUCGGAUGACUAUAAUUUUUGAAUAUUUUGCGUAUCUAAAUUUUUGGACACGAAAUACAAUAAUUAUUUUUAAGUGGUCGAAAACUAAGAGAAAUUACGUUAUUUUACUGAAAACCAUUUGUUGCGGAUAACAUGCAGUGCUGACUGUUCAUUUGCUCUUAAACACUUUAAGCGAAUAGAUAGCCUAUAGGCUACACAAGCUUGCUGCAAAUGGAAUUGACACUAAUUUGGAUAUGUCUGUUAUUUACAGAUUCUUCACGAGCUCAUACGUGUACAUGAGCUAUAUUAUGAUUAACGUUAAUGAAAAAGAUCAUUAUCGAACGGACUUAAAAGUGUCUUCUCCGUAUCUUGAUUGAUAAGAGUUCAAUUAUAAAAGAUGUCUACUCAUAAUCAUUUAUUCUACAUGAAAAUAUAAAGUUUGAUUUAUACUACAUGUGUCUACACAGUAAUUUCUUAUAAUUCAUGUAUCUACACAGUUUCGAUGUAUCCUAUAUGCGUCUACACAAUUAUGUUUUAUACUGCAUGUAUCAACAAGGUUUGGAUUUAUACUACAUGUAUCUACAAGGUUUUGAUUUAAAAUAUAUAUAUCUUCAAGAUAUUGAUUGAUACUAUAUGUGUCUACAACGUUUUGAUUGAUAUUAACUGGAUCUAUACAUGUUUUGUUUAUACUAUAUGUUUUUACACACUUUAAUUGUAUACUACAUGUUCCUGCAAGUUUUGAUUUAUACUGCAUGUAUGGGUCGGUGCUAAAAAUAGAAACUUCUUCAUCUCAUAUACAACUGUGCAUGAUUCAAAUAAACUCUAUUAA